CCCAAAAGAGGGAAAUUGCUAGAGUUUAAUAAAUCAAAUGCAUCAGAAGCCUGGGAAGCUCCAUACUCUGUGAGCAGGUCACCCAGUGGUUCACUGGGCUUAAUUCGCCCUAAUAGGAUUACCAGGCGCAAGCUGGGAUGGCCAGGCAGCAUCUCAUCUACUCACAGCAGUAGCUGCAGAGAGCUAUUCACAGCUAUAUUUUAUCAUUAAUGUUUGCUUUCACGGGAAUCUGCAAAUCUCGCACGCUUGAUUACCAGUAAUCAGACCACCUAUGGGGUAAUGUGUGGAGAAUUUCAGCGGUAUAGUGAGUCGAAAUGGGUCUGCUGGAUAAACUGUCGGGCUGGCUCGGCUUGAGGAAGAAAGAGGUCAACGUUUUAUGUUUGGGACUGGACAACAGCGGCAAAACUACCAUCAUCAACCAGCUGAAGCCGGCAAACCAUCCGAAUCACUUAGGUCCGUUGUCACCAGAGUGGAAGCAUGUUAGUCAGACACAGGCACAAGAGAUUGUUCCAACAAUUGGCUUCAGUAUUGAAAAGUUCAAGAGUUCAAGCCUGUCGUUUACAGUCUUUGAUAUGUCCGGACAGAGCAGAUACAGAAGUUUAUGGGAACAUUAUUAUAAGGAAAGCCAUGCUAUAAUAUUUGUCAUUGACAGCAGUGACAAACUGAGGAUGGUUGUAACUAAGGAGGAGUUAGACACUUUUCUUAACCAUGAAGACAUUCGUGGGAAAAGGAUUCCUGUUUUGUUCUUUGCCAACAAGAUGGACCUGCAAGAUGCCAUGUCCUCUGUCAAAGUCUCACAGAUGUUGUGUUUGGAGAACAUCAAGGACAAACCCUGGCACAUCUGUGCCAGCAACGCCGUCCGAGGAGAAGGCCUCCAGGAGGGCUUGGACUGGCUGCAAGAUCAAAUCGCACAAUCAUAUCAAAACGGCGAACAGAUGAAUGACCCCGCCUGAAGAUGGAACGUCUCUCAUCGCUUCAAGAACUUCUCCCACAUUCCGUCGUAGGCCUUAAAGCUCCAUAGCUCAG